GUCCACAAGGCGCCAUUUGUGUCCUUUUCUGUUUGUCAUCUGAAUUAAAUGUGUGACACAGAGCUUAAACUGUGCAUAAGGUAGAAACUACAUGAGCAAAAUUUCAUGUGCUGAUUGUAAUGCUCCCACACAUCCCUGACCCCGGCGACACUCGCUGCCAUGUUGUGGGACAGGACACAGAUGAGAGAAGGAGGUGCGGCUAACACAAGGAGGAAAUGUAGGCAGGAACAUGUGACUGUACUUGUUCUCCCAAACACACUCGGACUGCCUAAGAGGACACUGGAGGAUUUCUGGACUUACCUGAUUCCUGAUAAGUUUUGCGAUUAUUGCUGCACAAAUAGGAUGCCUUUGGUCACAAAUCUCAGCUGCUUGUAAUAAUUCAUGUGUGGACUCAGUAAAAGUGAAGCUGGGAGGACAUGUAAAUUGCAUGCAUUUUUUUCAGUAUAUUUCAUAGUGAGCUGCCGGUGACUGUUUUACACCUGCAGCUACCUCAACAACCUGGUCUUUCCUGUCAGUAUGGUGUUGCUGGUAUGUGGCAGUGGAGGAGUGUGUUUUGGUGGUUAAUGACUAGACAAAAUGUUUCACCACCGUUGCAUUUGUCAGGCAAGGAGAGCACAACAGUGGAUAAACACUAGAAGGCUUGGGAAAACUUGGUAGUAUAUUAACCAAUCCUCUGGACUCUUUAAAGGAAGGAGAAAGAGCACAGAAAUGUUCACGUCUCUGUCGGAUUUCCCAUUUAUGAUGUAGACAGGGCUUGUUGCCAAGUCUCAGCACUGGUACGGCCUGAAACAAUAAGAAAUUACCAGUGAUAAAAGUUCACCAUGAGUUCCAGGAAGAGAUGGUUAGUUCCACACCGCUCUAAACUCUACAUUGUGGAAGGGGAAUCCCAGUGUCCAGAGACGGGCGCCCACAAAGACAGCUCUUUCAGCCAGACGCCUUACCUUCGCAGCGCCGAACGCUACAGUGACAGCAGCAGCGCUCCCUCUGGUCCCAGGGGCCCUACGUGCGUGGCUGCCAGUUCAACCAGCUUGGCCUGGGCACUGCGAACACGCCACCAACCUGCGAGUCUGGCCCUUCGUAAGCAAGAGGAGGAGGAGAACAAGAGAUGCAAGGCCCUUUCAGACAGUUAUGAACUCUCAACAGAUCUGCAGGACAAGAAGGUGGAGAUGUUGGAGAGAAAGUAUGGAGGCUCCUUUGUAAGUCGCAGAGCAGCAAGGACCAUUCAGACGGCCUUCAGACAGUAUCGCAUGAACAAGAACUUCGAGCGCCUCAGAAGCUCUGCUUCAGAGAGUCGCAUGACACGUCGCAUCAUCCUGUCCAACAUGAGACUUCAGUAUUCUUUUGAUGAGCGACAGCCUCAGCAGCAGGCCCAGACACAGACCAACUUCACCCACAGCGUGGCCAUAGGGCCACCUCACUCACCUGACCCAGACCGCACAGGAGACUACACCCACCUAGAGGACUCCUUCUCCAAACAGGUCAAGUCCUUGGCUGACUCCAUAGAUGAUGCCCUCACCUGCCGCGCGGGUCGCGAUGACUCCCAGGAGGGCAGCAGGGAAGGUGGAGGGAUUAGUGAAGACUUUGGAGAGUGUGUGUGGAGCAGCAGCAGCAACCCCUCCUCCCAAAGAGGUUUGGGAGAAAGAGGCAGGGGUGCAGGAGGAGGACUCAGUAUGCACGGUGACAGUACGGCCACCUCGUACAGUGAUGUCACCCUUUACAUGGAUGAUGGUAUGCCGUCCUCCCCGUUGUCCCUUGACCGGGCACCCAGCAGCACAGAUACAGAGUACUGGGGCCCCGGUGGUGGUGUAGGAGGGCGUGAGGACAGCAGGGACACUGAGGGAGGGGGCAGCAGUAACAGUCGGCGCAGCACCCCAUGUACGGAGUGCAGGGACUAUCGUCUCAGGGGCGCACAUCUGCCUCUCCUCACUAUUGAGCCACCCAGUGACAGCUCAGUGGACAUGAGCGACCGUUCAGACCGCGGCUCUCUGAGCAGGCAGCUGGUCUAUGAGCAGGAGCCUGGUGUAGGAGCAGGCUCCCCUCAGGGAACCCUCAAACACUCCCCCAACACUGGCACCCGCACCUCCUCCACAGCAGCUGCCCAGGGUCAGACCCGGGCCCCUGGCAGGCCCAUACCCACACAUAUCCCACACCAGGUGGCAGCUCACCACCACCAUCACCACCAUCCUAUCCACCACCAUCAGUACCCCGACACACCCUCAUCCUCAUCCUCCCCCCAGCAGCCUCCCACCACCCCUCUGUCCUCCUCCUCCUCCACAGCUCUGCCCCCUGGUGGUCUAGAGCAGCCGUGCUGCUCUGACGGAGACAACGACUCACUUAACUCCACUACUAACUCCAACGAGACAGUCAACUGCAGCUCAGGCUCCUCAUCUCAGGACAGCCUGCGGGAACCUCUGCCUCCUCUGGGCAAGCAGACCUACCAGAGAGAGAGCCGCCAUAGCUGGGACUCUCCACCCUUUAACAGUGAUGUGGUGCAGAGACGUCAGUACCGUAUUGGUCUCAAUCUCUUCAACAAGAAGCCAGAGAAAGGGAUCCAGUACCUGAUAGAGAGAGGUUUUGUAUCAGACACUCCUGUCGGGAUUGCUCGCUUCAUCCUGGAGAGAAAGGGCCUCAGCAGGCAGAUGAUUGGAGAGUUUCUGGGAAACCGACAGAAACAAUUCAACAAAGAUGUUUUAGACUGUGUAGUGGAUGAGAUGGACUUCUCAGGUAUGGACCUGGAUGAUGCUCUCAGGAAGUUCCAGGCUCAGAUUAAAGUUCAAGGAGAAGCCCAGAAAGUGGAGAGGCUUAUAGAAGCAUUCAGUCAGAGAUACUGUGUGUGUAAUCCGACCCUGGUUCGGCAGUUCCAGAACCCCGACACCAUCUUCAUCUUGGCCUUUGCCAUAAUCCUCCUCAACACCGAUAUGUACAGUCCCAACGUCAAAGCUGAGAGGAAGAUGAAACUGGAGGAUUUCAUCAAGAAUUUGAGAGGUGUGGACAACGGUCAAGAUAUACCCAGGGACCUGCUGGUUGGCAUCUACCAGCGAAUACAGAAAUGGGAGCUGCGGACCAAUGAUGACCAUGUGUCCCAAGUGCAGGCAGUGGAGAGAGUCAUUGUGGGCAAGAAGCCUGUGCUGUCCCUUCCCCAUCGUAGACUGGUGUGUUGCUGCCAGCUCUAUGAGGUGCCUGACCCCAACAGACCUCAGAGGACAGGAGUGCACCAACGAGAGGUCUUUCUCUUCAAUGACCUGCUGGUGGUGACCAAAAUCUUCCAAAAGAAGAAAACCUCAGUGACUUAUAGUUUCAGACAAUCUUUCCCUUUGGUUGAGAUGCAAGUGCACAUGUUCCAGAACUCAUACUAUCCUCAUGGCAUCCGCCUGACCUCAGCAGUCCUGGGAGGGGAGAGGAAGGUUCUUAUCGUCUUUAUGGCACCCAGUCAGCAAGACCGCACCCGCUUUGUUAGCGACCUCAGGGAGAGUAUUGCUGAAGUGCAGGAGAUGGAGAAAUAUAGAGUUGAGUCGGAGUUGGAGAAACAGAAAGGUGUGAUGCGACCCAGCUUGUUAACUGGAGGUGUGGUUGGAGGCAUAGGUGUGAAGAGCGAUGUUGUGAAUGGGACCAUAGGAAGGACAAGUUUUGAUGACAACUGCUCAGUGGGUGAAGGUCUCAAACGCACAGCGCUCAGCUCAUCUCUCAGGGACCUCUCGGACGCAGGGAAACGUGGUCGCAGGAACAGUGUUGGUUCUCUGGACAGUACCAUGGAAGGCUCCAUCAUUAGCAGCCCACAGCCUCACCAGCGCUAUCCGAUGCCAGGUGUGCUUCCUGGCUGCUAUGGAACAGAAGACUUCCGGCCUCACCGCCCCAUCCUGAGCCCCGGAACGGGGGUGGGGGGUGGGCCGGGGCAGCAACAUACCACUGCUGGGACAGGAGUUGGGGGAGUCUCCAGCAGUGUAGAGAGAGCAGGAGCGGGCAGCGGCCCUGUGGGGAGCAGCAACAACAACAGCGGUUCCUUCCUGGGCUCCCUAUUCGGCAGCAAACGCGCCAAACCACCAGGGCCCCUUAUUCCACCGGGGCCACCAUACCCCGCACCUGUACCCCCACCGACUACGGGAGGGCCCCCACCUCACUCCCCUUCAUCUCUAUGCCAGUUGGAGGGGGGUGCUUCCAAGAUCCAGGCCCUCCACGCACAAUACUGUCACGCGGGCACCGUCCAGCCCCCGCCACCUUACUACCAUCACCAUCGCUACCACGUCCAAACUGUCCCCCCUCCUUUGCAAGGUGUGCCCCCUCUUACUAUGCAGAGAGGCCCACUACCCUGUCGACCUCCGCUUGGCCUGCCGCACGUCCCGCACCCGCAGCUGGCCCAUCUCUCCCAGCUUUCCCAGCAUGGGUUUCCGGGUCGCUUCGCCAACAUGGUGGUGGGAUGUCCCCCCCCCCUUUCUCCUCUCUCCCAACAUUCCCAGAACCCGCAGUUCGCCCUGUACCACGCGCAGCCCACACACUCUGUCAGAGGGGGCGGCGGCCCUGGUACCAAGCUCCCACUCACCUUGUCACACUCCCACCCCCACCCCCACGCACACUCCCAAACCCACCCCGGACACGUGCACACGCCACACCCAGGCAGCCACACCACCCACCAAACACACUUCAUAUUCGGCACUCUGCCCCACAACAUGCCGUCCGCGUCCGUCAAUGCGCAUCACGCAGCCUCCGCCGGCCCGUAUCUGCCCCAGUACCCUCCUCUCUCUUCCAUCCCCCCUCCCCCACCACACUCCCCUUUACCCCCCCCUUCGUCCCCCCUUACCCCUCUUACACCUCUCUCCCCUCACCCCCCCCAGCACCCAGGGCAGCCUCAGCAGGGGCCGCAGGUGACGGGGGCUGGAGCGACAGGUACAGGGGGCAGCUCCAAAUCCAAGCCUAUCAACCGGAUAAGUACCGUGGUGUGA